AUGAGCCAGCAGCCGGUGAAUCGCGGACAUGGGCGGAACAUAUCAGUAACGAGACCUAUCCGUCCUCGGUCUUCAACCAAGGGUCCCCUGGACUUGGACGACACACCUCUAAAUGACCCACUGUCGCCCAAAACCGCUGCAACAGAGGAAAAGACGCAGCAGCGUCCGAUAUCAGGCCAACGCUCGCCGGCUGCACCACCUUCUCCGGCGCCGCCCGUGAAAACGACCGUCACCAAGGACUUCGGCUUUCUCCUGCGCCCAGAAAUCUACCACAGUAUCAACCCGGUCAACAUCCCCGUUGCCUUUCGAAACUCGUCCAAGCAACCACCAGCCGAUGCGUCACUGGAAGACCUACUGGCUAAAGGCCACUUCCGAGCGGCUGCCAUCGCUGCUGUCCAGGAACUCACGGCCACUGGGGGCCCGGAGCGGCCUCGUGUUGACCCCGCAGACCACCAAAGGAUUUUCAGCCUGCUGUACACGCGUCUAUCAUGUCUGACGCUCAUCGACGCAACGCCAAUAGCGGCGCAGGAGGUCAGGGCACUGGAAGACCUCAACGCCGGUGUCUACAUUGAUGAGACUACCGGCGAGCACCUCGUUCCAUGGGAGUUGCGGGUUCUCAAUGUGCGGUUGCAGGCUCUGGGUUUCAGUGACCCGCGAAGGUCUGUCAUGAGCUAUCACGACUUGGCGAGGGAAGCGCGGGAGCAGAUCAGCAAGGCAACGAUCCGACAUGAUAACUCGGCGCGCGAGCUCUGGAAAGCACGGCUGACAGACUUGGGCAUCAAUGUCACUGGCGCCCUGAUUGAGAUGGACGACCUCGCAGGCGCUGCACGUCAUCUGAGCACAUUGAAAGACCGCGGCGAUGGCAAGAUGUCGCUGUCCCGGGCACUUUUGUGGCUGCACCUAGGUGACACUGAGGCAGCACGUCGCUCUGUUCAGGACUCCGGAGAGGACGGAAGGCAUGCCGAGAGGGUCAUCACCGCGCUUUGUCAGAUGGCCGACGGCGAGUACGAUGCCGCACUGAAAUCAUGGCAAGACCUCAAGGGGGAGUUUGCCGAUGAAAUGGUCGGAGUCAAUCUUGCCGUCUGCCUCCUCUACACCGGCAAGCUUACAGAGGCCCGGUCCGUGUUCGAGGACAUGGUCAACACUGGCUACUCAUCGCAUACGCUGCUGUUCAACCUCAGCACGACGUACGAGCUCUGCACCGAGCGGAACCGAAAUCUUAAGCUGGGCCUGGUCGAGAAAGUCGCUGAUCUGGACGAGACGCCGCGGGGCUGGGAAAAGAACAAUGCCGACUUCAAGCUGUAG